GGUGUCAAUGGAAACGGCUACGACUGGGACGACUAUGUCAUCAUCCUCGCCUUCGUCUUGCUGAUCCCUCUGGACGUCAGUCUGCAUCAAGAAGCAAGACUGGGCCUAGGUCGGGACAUGUGGUUCAACAGUGCUUCGAGCAUUAGCAGAAUCCUUCAUUGGUUUUAUGCGACUGAAAUCCUCUACAUUUGCGUCGUCAUGCUGGCAAAGCUUGCCAUUGUCCUGCUAUACCUUCGCAUCUGGACGGCCGACUCCAUCACCAAGCCUUUCCGACUGGCUUGCUGGAUCACCAUCGGCCUGUGCAUCGCCACAAUGCUCGCUUUCGUCCUGGCCACCAUCUUCCAAUGCGAGCCGAUCAGCUACGCUUGGAACUACAUUUCUGGAGGCAACGGAAAUUGCAUCCAGCUAGCUCCAAUGCUGUAUGCCUUUGCUGCACUCGACAUUGUCUACAACAUCAUCGUCUUCCUGCUCCCUGUACCUGGCCUCCGCAAGCUCCAGAUUGGCUGGUCAAAGAAGCUGGCUCUGUCAACUGUCUUUGGCAUGGGUGCUCUCGUGACCAUCUUUUCCAUCGUCCGAAUCGCUUUCCUCGCACGCAGCGACCGCGAAUCAAAUGCGACCUGGUACUACCACUGGAUCGGACUGUGGAGCAUCGUCGAAGCCAACCUUUCCGUCAUCUGCGUCUGUGCACCCGCU